AUGAGGCAGAGGGACAGGAAGGGCUGCUGUCAGCAGAACGCCCUGGCCCCGGCGUCCCAGACGCGGGACAGCACCUUAGGACGACAGCCCGAGCCGGGGCAGUCUCCUUCUCCGCCACGGGGAGAGACCGGUAGCCGCCAGUUUGUAAGCACCGGGGGUGUUGCCGGGCAGAGUCCGCGUCCGGCAACAGAAGGCACCCCGACCUCCCGGGCAGGCACUGGACCCGGUUGCCCUCUUCCUGCCCGCACCGGGGUACAGAGGCUUGUGGGUAGCCGGGAGGACGUCAGCGCGACUGCAUCCCGGGCCGCGGGCCACAGCGAGGACUGCGGGCGGGUCACGUGCCCCGGCCCUGCUCCGCUCGGGGCCAGAGCUCCGCAGCGAGUGACCGUGGGGGCGGGGAGGAAUUGGGAAGGUAGGGUUCGGGGCCUUAGUCACCUCGCAGCGGACUCGGGCUCCCUCGGUCUCCCGUCAACCCCCGACCUCUCCCCUAAACUUUGGACAUUCUCCCCUACGGUGUACCUGACCCCACUCCACCAAUCCCCAGACCCACCGCAGUCCUCCCCACUUUCCGCGGAGGCCACCGGCCGAGAGCCGAGGGCGCCUUUUGCACCGGCGCGGCCAGCGCGGGGUGCAGAGGCAACCCCGCAGCGCUGGGCGUGGGUUUCCCGAAACGCCGGGCCGACUGUCUGGGAGUGGCCCGUAGCCCCUGGCCGAGGGCUGGGGGAGCCUCCGCAACAGGCCCGGCCCCCAACCGGAGGAGCGCCGUCCGCGGUGGGGCUGUUUUCCGAGGUGCUGAGCCCGGUUCGCGACGUUUGCUUUUUAGCUGAGGUUUCCAUGGGAUGGGGGGUGCCGGGGGAACCUCCUUCCGGCACGAUUGCGAGAUCGCAGUGUUAUGCCAGUAGCAGAAAAGCGGCUGGGGUGGAGAACGGUUUUAGUUAAAGGUACAGAGCUUAGUUCGGACUCUGGAGAUUCUGUAACCCUAGGAUGGCAUCAGUUUGCAUCUGCGCUUGAGCCAUUAGCAGGUACCAUUGAGUCUUCGCUGUUCCCACAUGCAAUUAGUGAGAACUUUUAGACUUUUGAGUUGGUGGUAAAUGAAUCCAGGGUGCUUACUUUCUACUUGUAUUUUCUGGUUGCAGAUAAAGAUGUCUUUCUCCUUUUAACCGUCGCAGCAGAUUAUUAGACACUAUUGACCAGAAAUAAAAAAAAAUUUAAACAUUAAAAAAAAAAAAGCCUUUGGAGGAUCAUCUUCUUAGAACCCAUUUCUAUGUGUUGGGGUCGAAAAAGUACCAUUUUUCAAAUCCAGAGCUAAGAAAAUACUGAGGCUGUUGGAAAUGAAUUUGAAGGGAGUUUUACACCUUGAAUAUGAAAAUCUCUAUCCUUGCAUUAGUU